CUGGGGAAGAAGAGUUGCGCACACAAUGCACUGCACGGCUGACAAGGGUUGUGUCUCCCUGAUUUUCACGAUAAAUUUCCAAUUCAGUGGAAACUUGUGAAAGCAGCAGCAGCGGCGCCGUUCGCUUUCUCUCUGUAAAUAUCCGCACACUGGAUCUAGCGAGAAAAACCAACCGGAGACGUCGGCGAGCGGUCCAACUUCUCCCAAACAUUGGAUUACAGAGGCUGCAUCCAGGAGCUGCCCAGCCCAACGGGGGCUUGGCCGACACCCUCGUUUAUGGAAAUCGACACCGAGGCUUUGAUAUUUGGGCCUCGGUUUUUUUCUUUAUGAUGGAGGUGGAACGAAAGAAGAGUUGCGUGUGAAGAAGCGAGAUAUUCUUAUUCUGUGUAUGAUUCGUAAUGAAAAAAGAUCUUCGGUAUUCUUUCUGCUUCGUUAAAAAAAAAUAAAAAAGAGAGAUUGUUGCUAAGCUGGCUAACAGCUGGAUGGGCUAGCAGCUAGCCGGAGUGCUAACGUUACGUCUUUCUUUUGAUGUGAUGCGAAUUCAACCAUUACUAUCGGCCAUCAACGUUUCGACAGCAGGAAAAUUCGCUCUCCGGGCUGCGGGGUGUUAGUUAGCUUCACGGUCAACCACUCGGCCUGCCAGUCUUUCCUCACAAAUUUUAAGAAUAUAGUUUUAUUCUUAGCUCGCUGGCUGAAUAUAUUGUAAUGUAUUGAGUUGUACGUGCUAACCGAAUGAGCUAAUUGGAGUCAACACUGACCUAACCUUAGCUAGCAGUAAAGUAUACCAGACAGCUCGUUUUACUCCUUAGAUUAGGCGUAAUUCACAGCAGCUGUCAACAUUAACACGUCAAAUUUAACAAUAAUAUGAAAAGAUGUUGCGGCCGCCGGUGUGCUAAUGUCCGAUAUCUGGGUUAUUGGCCUUGCUAACUUGCUAACAUUUUGCUAACAGGCAAAUAAAUUUGUCAGCGUGUGCAGAAAUUAAGGAAAUCCUCCGGUUGUGUUGGAUUGGACAAUGCCGACGCUGACAUGAUUUUGUAAUUUCCUCGAUUUGUCCCUCUUUGUCCGCAACACGACGGCACUUGUGUGUUUUUUUGUUUAUAACUUAUGUGGUUAUCGGUUGCAUUUGUCGCUAGCUAGCUAACGUUAGCCGUCUGAGAGACACAAUCAGCGAUGUCCUGACAUUUGUGUUUUGUCGUUGGAUGUGUCGAGUUCCCAUGUGGAUCUGAGUUUGUGUUCUAGAUUCAGUGAAAUGACACUCAAGUUUCGCCGAAAGAAAGGCACCGAUGCCAAUAGACUGUUGUCAGAGGACGGUAAAUAAUAGCCACUGGUUCCAUUAACGCCAUUUUAACGGGGGCUCCCUGCGAGGGCCUGUCUGUGUGGCGGUGUUUUAUUUGCGGUUCGGUGCCUUCCGCCGAACCGGGACUUGAAUAAAGUGCCUUUGGUGUCACUGGAGUUACAAAAGGAGGUGAACAUGGAGGGCCCGAGCCGGAGCACUGGAUUCAGGCAGAGCCGACGGUCCCGUUCACAGCGCGACAGGGAGCGGCGGAGGAGGCGAGUGGACCUGGCCGAGGAGCGGGCCACAUCCCUGUCCUCGGGCUCCGAUCGGGAGGCGUGCGGGACGAACAGUGUCCUGGGUCCCGGCGGGAGAGAAUGCCGGCCCGGGUUCGGGAGACACAGGCCUCCCCGUCGGAGGAAGAGGGAGUCCGUGUCCUGCGAGGAAGACAUCAUUGACGGCUUCGCUAUUGCGAGCUUUAUCAGCUUGGAGGCACUGGAGAUGGACUGCUCUCUGAAGCCCAGUCAACGCACUGAUAUGCUGGGAAGGAGGAACAAGGGGAAGAGAGGGCCGGAGGAGAACGGUGGAGGGCCGCUGUCAGAGCCGGAGGAAGUCGGGCCUCACAGCUACCCCAGCAGCUGUUGGAAGAGCAGAAACAAGAGGAGAAAGAUAGAGGGGCACCCUUUGGAGACUGGUUACAUUUGUGACACAGAGAGUGAUACAGGAGACAAGGCCUCCGAUAACGACAUGGAUCCCGUGUUCACAGUCAGCACUAGAAAAGUCGUGGAUCCUGCCCCUUCAAACAUGGGCACAUCCAUGGGCAAGAGCUCGUCUCUGCCGUCUCUACCGGCCCGUUGUGGCGGGGUCUCACGGUUAAUGGUGACCCCGCGAGUAUCCGGCCUGGAGCGAAGUCAGGAAAAAAGCCUGGAACCGCACUUCCCAGAGCCCGUUUCUUCUUCUACCUCUACUGUCCCCUUUCCUUGCCUGCCCUCCCACUCCCCGGUCUCGGCCUCCGUUACGGUCCCUCGGCCCAGCCCGCUCAACGGCAACAGCAGCCGCAACGGCAGCCCCCCGCUGUCCAAACCCAAGCCUUUCCUCACUUUGCCUGGACGAUCUUACAUCUACAACAGGAGCAGCACCCCAGUCAAGCCGCCAUCAUCUGCUUCAUCUGUUGCGUCUUCCUCAUCCUCCAUGCGCCCCCCGACUCCCUCCACCAGUGUGUCUCUGUCCUACAUCAGGGGCUCAGGAUCCUCAGGGCCCCUCCGACCCCCGUCCCGAGCCAGCUCUGGAGCCCUGUUCACGUCCUCACCUGGCCUGCCUCCACCUCCACCUCUGCUACAAGGUCCCGCCCACUCCGCAGCAGCAGAACGCGAGGGCCGACGCAGCGUCCCAGGGGCUGAAAACAAUGCGGCAGCUGCAGGCCGCUCCACUCCCGGUGGUCCAUCAGCGUCGGGCUCGGCACCGGGCUCGUCAGGCCGGACGUCUCAGAACCAAACGAGCAUCCCGCCGCUGGCCUUCCAGUUCCAUCAGCACAACCACCAGCACCAACACACGCACACGCACCAACACUUCACGCCCUUCCUGCACCCCACAGCCACCGCACCGCCUCUGUUUGAUAAGUAUGCGGGCAAAAUGGACGGGCUGUACCGACACCCUUUCUUCCCACAAUAUCCGCCUCCCUCAGUGCCGAGCAUUCAGCCUGUGAUUCCUCCCACUGGGCCUUUCAGCUCCCUGCAAGGAGCCUUUCAGCCAAAGCCUCUUGUCCCUCAGGGAACCGGUCCCGAUAUAACCGCACGACUUGGGGUUGUGCCUCACCACCUGCAGCCCAAAGACCCCAGGCUAACUGAUCCAUUUGGGACAUCGUUGAAAAUCAGUAAUAAACCAGGAAAAUGGUGCGCUAUGCAUGUAUACGUGGCCUGGAUGAUUCUAAGCCAUCAGAAAAAAGUAAAGCUGAUGCACGCUGAUCCGAACAAGCUGGACUUUCGUAGUGACCUGCUGGGCCGUUUUCCUGGCGCUGGGGGACUGGGCCAACUGGGACCCAUGGGAGGAGCGAUGCCUCCCACUCACGACCUGACCAGACCUCCCACUCUCUUCUCCACAGCUGCCGUCAAUCCGUCCUCAGCUCCUUUCAUCUCUCCAUCAGCGCCUCACUCCUCUUUCCUCGCACCGUCUGCACACUUGGAUCCGUAUGGCCGAUCCCCACCCUUCACCCCGCUGGGAGCUCUGGGGUCUGGUGCCUUUGGAGGACUUGGCAGUCCAACACUGGCAGGCUCUGUGUUUGGCCCUAAAGACUCACCAGCCAGUGUGGUCGGGGGCUUGUCCAACCCCAACCAUCAUGACCCGUGGAACCGCCUACACGGUGGCCCGUCCGGGUUCCCCCCUGGCCCCAGCUGGGCUAAAGGGGCAGACAAGAGGGACGAGAGGGACCGAGGGAAGGAUGGAGAGAGGAGAGACAUCCCCCACAUCAAGGAUGAAAAGGACAGAGACAACAUACUGUAUGGCCGACCACCUGUGAGAAUGUCUCCAGUUGCCCCUUCCUUCAAGCCUCGCAGUAGCACCCCAGUCUCCCACAUUAACGGCCACAGCAGCACCCUGAUGGGGGGCAGCGGGCCUAUCGAGGACCUGACACGCAGCUUACAUAGAGACCGCGAGCGAGACAGAGAUGGGGACAAGAGGCCGAUGCCAACAGUGUCUUCAAGGGGGCCUCCUCUUGGCCCUUCAUCCUUAGUAGCAGACAGAGACAGACCGCGGUCUUCCUCCUCCUCCGUGCUCACGACUCCCCCGCCCUCCAACCGCUCAGCAGCAUCUCCUUUGGACCUUUACCCCCGCCCUCUGGGCCCGACAGCACACAGCCUCCACAGCGAGCCCUCGCACUCCCAAAGAGACAGCAACCUCCCUGCAUCCUCUACAGCUUCCGCCUCUGUUACUUCUUUGUCUCAGGCCAAGAAGUCUGACCGGACCACAACGCCCGUCUCCAAAGCUCCGCUGCUUCUCCCGCCGGUUAAAGUCAAAGAGGAGCGGAAGGAGGAGCCGGAGCAUAUCCCCAUCACCCUCCCUCCCCCAGUACCCAGCCACGGCUUUGACCGCCCUAACAGCCAUCCACACCACCACAGCUCUGGCACCCCCUCCUCUUCCUCUUUAUCACUGACUCCCACUCCUGGCGUUUCCCUCCCGCCUCCUACUCCAAACCCUCCUCCCCACCAGCACCUUUCCCUGCUGGACCGCUCGAGGGCCAUCGAAGCGUACCUGGGGAGCACGGCAGGUGCUGGGUUGGUGGUGGGCCCAGGAGGGGAACGCUUCUCCCACGGUCCACCUCAAGGACCAUCACAGGGUCCGCAUAGCUUCACCUGGGACCCCUGGAGAGAGCUGGCAGCUCAGCAACAUCAGCAUCGUAGGGAAGCUUUGGCACUUCGGUCAGAUCCUCACCUGGCCCUGCGGGCCGAUCCACACCUGGCUCGGCUGCUCCAGCAUCAGCGCCUUCUAGAGGCAGCAGCAGCCGCCACCCCUCACCACCCGCCGACUUCUACCUCUGCUGCCUCCUCCUCUGCUGUUCGCCCAGAAUUCGGCCUAAUGGCUCAUCACUUCGACCGCCCUCAUCAGCUGGGACCCCCGGGAGGCGGGCUGAUGGACGAGGAGCAGCGCGCCCAGAUCCUGAGGGAAGACUUUGAGCGGGCUCGCUACUUUGGGAUGCACUCGCACCUCCCUCAUGGCUCUCACCUCUCAAGCCCCUCUCAUGCUGCUACUGCCGCUCACCUGGAGCAGCUCCACCCCGGCCUUCUCUCCCACCCUCUCCCUCCAGGAGCCUCCGCUGCUUCUCAGCACCACGCCGGCCUCUACUCCCGUCUGGGCCCGCUCAACCCGCACCACGUGCCCAACGGCAUCCUGGCAAAGACCACUGCAGGCUUGGUGGGAGCUCUGUCGGUGGGGGCGCCGCCUCCGCUCAUUCCGUCCGUCACCAGCCGGUCGUCCACGCCCCCCCGCAGACUCGGAGGGCCAGGCGAGCUGGCACUGUACAGCGCCCACAAAGAUGGAGAGUCCAGAUAGUACAGGGACAACACUGGAGGAGAUUAAGGGAAAUGUCAGGAUCACUGUGCUGCUCUCAACCUGCCCCCUUUUCCUCUUGCAGACUACUAAACCCUGCCCUCCCACUUACACAACCAAACCAGCUCCAGUCCGCCCUCUCUCCCCCAGGAAAGGGUCACCGCGACUGGCUGGAGGUGACGGUAGGGAGGGAAAUGCAAGACUCGGAAUAUGCCCAAUGGUUCUAUCAGUGCAAUUUAAAGGUACAUGGUAAUUGUGCAUCCUUGGUGUAUUUUUAUUUUAUACUGGCUGUCGGUUGUUACAGUGCUCAGUUUUGAAAGCUGUAAGAAGAGGCAGAGGACAGCUUUUUCAUUUGUCAGGUGAAUUAUGAUCCAUGCUUUUAAGCAAGCCUUUAUCGGGUGGAUUGGAAAUGACUUCCAGAGGGAUGUACACCUUGAAGAUGUGUCCAGGGUUCAUCCUCAGCUUGGUUAACUUAUGGGAUACUUUAAAGCCCUCCUCUGCAUAAAUCAGCCCUGCUUUUUAGGUAUUGUGGAUGAGGGUUUUUAGACAUACAGUGGUAAAGUGAUGCUCUCUGUUCUGUUUUUGUGUCUUUUUGUCAUUGUGAAGAGACAGAUUAUGAUGAGACCAUUUAAUUAAGAUCAGUAAGCAUCGUACCUCAGUUUCCUGCUUUACCCAAAAAUCUAACUCCAAACCCUCAGCUUCACUGGUUAUGAGAUUCAACCUUUUUUUGGCUUGUUUUUGUUUUCAAAGGAUGAAUGGCGAAAUGAACUGUGCUACACUGUGUGAGUGGACACGGUGUUUUAGAGCUUCCUGUAACUGUUUCCCAGUCUCCUCUUGACUAUAUGAGCAGGACCAGAUUAUAGUAGUCUAGAGAAAUUGCCUUUGUAAUUAUUAUUCUUAACAUUAAUUAUCUUCUAUAAUAAUAAAUAUAUUCACUGUUAUGUUAUUUGUCAUUGUUUCGGGUAUCAACCAGUACUCUCUCCCCAGGUAGUAAUGUUUCCAAACAUGCAAAAGACGAAGCAAAAGGCUUGCUUCACAGAAAACUUUUUAAUGCUUGUGAACAUUAAGCCGCAUCCAUUGCAACCUCUGGCCUCUUCAAGGAUCCCAUCUAUGACUAUUAUGCUGAGAGGGAGGUUUGCCUGUGUGUCAUUGGUUGUGUGUUAUAUCCAUUUGGGACUAUGGGAGCCUUGUACAUUGAACUGUCGAGUUGUUUCAUCAACAAAAAUAAGUUAUAUACAUGGAUAAGUGGGACAUGUGCUGAAGAACUGAAAAAAUAUAAGGACUUGUGUCAAAAGACAACUAGACAGUGGGUAUCCUGAGAGGGGAAAGACUGGGUCGAUUAUUUUAAUAUGACCAUUUUAUACCUUUCAAACCCCUCCCCUAGAGACCACAAAGAUUAAUUAUUAAAUGAAUUGUUGUUUA